CUGCUCUGAAACUCAAGAGCCAGUUUCUUAAAAUGACUCACACAAUUGGCCUUAUCAACCUGUCUUUAAUGUUGUCUUCUCUGCCUUGGUCGGUAGCUUCUGCAGAUGAAGGUCCUGCUAUCAUCAACAAUGAUGCGAGGAAUCCCAUCAUCAACAUGUCCAAGAGACCCGUUCUUCAGCCCAAAGAGAGUGCUCCUCUUCAGUUCACAUCCACCUUGAGGAACCCUCAAGGCAAAGUGUGUUUGCGGGCCAGUCUGGGAGUUGAGUUUAUCGUGAGAGAGAACAAAAAAAAGUAUUAUUUCAACAUAAAUCCCAGUUCAACGCAAGCCACGGGACACUGUGGGAAUAUAAGAUCUGUGCUCUCUUUGGAAUUUGAUGGUGGACGUCUUGAGUUCACUUUCAUCAAGGAAGGGGGCGUCUCCUAUGUGAAGACUAUCAAAAGUCUUCUGAAACCUGCUCCUCCUUGCAAAAAUUGCCAAAAGGCUGAGUGCUGGGUGGAUUUCAACAAAAGAAUGAUCCCCAUUAUUCUGGGAGCUGUAGCUGCAGCAAUUUGCCUCAUUGCAAUUCUCACCUAUGUACUCGUCCGUGAACGCCACAGGCAGGGCUACGAACAACUCUGAGACACUAGAUGUGUUUUAUACAGAGGAAUGAAGUGAUUUAUGAAUGUUAUGUUUGAUUAUUGCUUUAUAUACACUUCUUAAUAAGGAUCUCAGUAAAUAAUUAAAAUGUAAUUGAUGUGUAUAACUUUUUGAAUAACAGUGUGUCUUUUUGUAAUACAUGUGCCACUUUUUAUGGGUUGUCAUCAGUUUGAUAUCUGAAGAUUCUGGAACAUGACAUGAAGUAAGCUACAUUAAAGAGCCAAGGAAAGUUAUUCACAGUCUAUAACACUCUCAAUUCCAGCCACCUGUGAAAAACAUUUAUGUAAAAUAAAUGUAAAAUAGAAUUAAAUAUAAAUGUUUUGAUAUAAAAAAGUUCAAAUUCAUUACCAAAAAAUUCUCUAGAUCUUUAGGCACACAAUUGGAAUAAUUUACAGAUUUUUGGCAGAUUUAGCAGAUAUUUGGCCAGUAUUAUUGUUCAGUUAUUAG